CUCCUCUCAAAAGAGAAGGUAGAACGCUACGCCAUUUUUUUGUUUUGCUUGUCCACCACUUUUUCAUAUUCCAGUAGCUCUUACGAAACUAGAACUUCUCUGUUACCUGCUGGAAAGUGCACCAGAAAUCUUCAAGCGAUGGUUCAACCUUGCCGAUUCAGGUGUUCUUCGUUUGUCUACUGGAUGGAGAUGGGCGUGUUACUGGAAUUUUUUUACUAUUCCGCGAAAUUUUUUGCUUUGCGGAAGCUCUCCAGGCGGGAACUCAAACAGGAGGAGAGUGGAGAUCCAACACAGAGAAAUAAAUUGAAGAUAUGAGGAACAACAUGUUUUUAAUGUCAACUUGAAUCAUGAUGAGUCUCAUCGACAGUUUCAACUUGAGGAUUAAAAGAUAUAUCGCCAGAGAGAAGCAAUUGUCCAAAACUCAUUUGUAACCUGUUCAAUAGCCAGAAACAUGGAGAACACUAGAAACAGUAGUUAGGGGGAGAGCUCAUUCAACCAAAGGUUGAGUGAGAUCAAUCAAUGAAUUGAUUCAAUCGAAAACAUGCUGCAAUUGAUCCUGAACAGGCUAACCCCACCUUGGGCCACAGCAGCUAAUGAAGAAAUUAAUGCACGGAUCACAGUCAACACAAUCACUGGUGUGACAAACCUCUUAGUGGCGACCUUUGAAAUGAUAAUCAUAAGCCUCUCCUUAUAAUCUAUUUGGUGGCCCUUCAAGUGCAAUAUAAAUAUUUAUUAUCUGUCUUGAUGGUCUUCGCCUACUCUAAAUGCAGACUAAUUUCCAUUGUUGUUGAUGUAGAUGACAUUAAAUUUCCAAUUUUUGAAAGGCUGAAAUGCUUGGCGGUUGGACAAUUCUAUAUCUUUUUGUAUCGCAGCAGACAUUGUCCAAUUGUCUACCUUUUACCAAAUUACUGUAUUGGUAAUGAGGCAGUAGCUACUUAGCCACAAGACUGAUCAUCAACUAAAUUACUUCAAUAUCUUCAAAGCAGUCAAAUUUAUCUUCUGAUGAAUUUGUCAUCAGGCCUGGGUGAGGCCGAGUGGUUCAGCCCACUAUCAGCAAACCCAAGUCCAGAAAGGGAGCAAAACGCAGCGUUUCAUUAAAUGCUCAGUAGUAAGGAUGCGGUGUAACCAUGCUAUUCGUGCACUUGAAUGGCCGAGGUAUAAAGACUUCGCUUUCUCCAAAAACCAUUAUUCGAGGCGGCUGCAUCAAAACCCUAAUAGGGUUUUCUCUCGUGGGUGGUGCUGCUGCGCGACUCUCCCAAGGAAGACAAGAUAUUCUCAAGUGCGUCAUGAUGGUUCGAAGAGAUUGUAUAUUGAAACACUAAAUCUACUUAGGAUUGAAUAUCUUUUUAAUGAUUUUAUCUCCGCAUUAAUGACAAGCAACCAUGUUCAUAAAAACUGAUAUUACGCUUUUGGGUCAGUAUUCAACUCGGAUAACAACAUUGUUAAAGCUUCUGCUAAAAGUGACCAGCCAGGAGUUCAGAUAGAACCAGAGCCAACUGUAGAUUUGUUGCUUUAAUGAAGGGAGAAGAUGGGCGUUUCUUCGACCAACAAGGAAUCAAGGAUGGAACUGACGGAGCCAAUAUCUACUGCGGGUCCAACUAAGCUUGAUAGGACUAGAAAUCAUGAACUGGAAAAGUUUCUGGAAAAUGUGGGAUUGUAUGAAAGUGUGGAAGAGACUGCUAGAAGGGAGGAGGUCAUGGGAAGGAUGAACCAGAUUGUGAAGGAUUGGGUGAAAGAGGUCUGUGUCAACAAGGGAUUUAAUGAGCAGCUGGUUGAGGAAGCUAAUGUGAAGAUUUUUACUUUUGGCUCUUACAGAUUGGGAGUUCACGGUCCUGGGGCAGAUAUUGAUAUGCUAUGCAUAGGCCCCAGAUACAUCACUCGAAAUGAAGGUUUUUUUGGCAAUCUAUAUGGGAUUCUUGCAAAAAUGCCUGAAGUAGAAGAAUUGCACCCUGUGCCUGAUGCUCAUGUUCCUGUAAUGAAGAUUAAAUUCAACGGCAUUUCUAUUGAUCUCCUUUAUGCAAAACUGGAGCUCUGGACUAUUCCUGAAGACUUGGAUAUUUCUUAUGAUUCAAUACUACAAAAUGUGGAUGAGCAGACAGUACGCAGCCUCAAUGGAUGCAGGGUCACUGACCAGAUUUUGCGAUUGGUUCCAAACAUUCAGAAUUUCCGUACUACCUUAAGAUGUGUGAGGUUUUGGGCAAAGCAGCGUGGAAUUUAUUCUAAUGUCAUAGGAUUUCUUGGUGGAAUAAAUUGGGCAUUGCUAGUUGCUCGUGUCUGCCAACUCUACCCAAAUGCACUUCCCAGUGUUUUGAUUUCCAAGUUCUUCAAAGUAUUCUCACAAUGGCGGUGGCCUAAUCCAGUCAUGUUGUGCCCUUUACAAGAAGGAAACCUGGCUCAUAAAGUUUGGGAUCCAAGAAGAAACCUCCAGGACAGGAAACAUUUAAUGCCGAUAAUAACUCCUGCAUAUCCAUGCAUGAACUCAAGUUACAAUGUCUCAUCAAGCACGUUUGGCAUCAUGCAAAAAGAAUUUCAGAGGGGCAAUGAAAUUUUUGAGGCUCUGGCAGCAAAGGAAACUUGUUGGACUACUCUCUUUGAGCCUUUCCCUUUUUUUGAAGCAUUCAAGAAUUAUCUGCAGAUAAACAUAACUGCCAGGAACCAUGAUGACUUAAAAAUCUGGAAAGGCUGGGUUGAAUCUCGGCUUCGUUUAUUUAUUCUAAAGAUUGAGAGGGACACAUGUGGAACGCUUCAAUGCCGUCCUCACCCGGGCAACUUCUCAGACAAAUCAAGGUCAUUCAACAGUUCUUACUUCAUGGGCGUAAGGAGACAAGAUACUUGUGUUCAGGAAGGUCAAUAUUUUGACUUAAGGUUAACCAUUGAGGAAUUUAAGCACUGCCUGCGAACGGUUACCUUAUGGAAACCUGGAAUGAGGAUCACAAUAAGUCACACAACACGCAGAAACGUCCCGGAUUUUGUCUUCCCUGGUGGGGUGCAGCCUAUAAAUAAGACCAAAAAGGUUUAUGGGCCUGCUAAUAGGAAGAAGAGAAAGCGUGAUGAAGGUAGUACCAGCUGUAAUUUGAGAAAAUCUGACUUUGCAACAAAAAGUAAAAAUGCAAAAUUGGUAGAAGAGGCUAUAGCAAGAGGGGGAUGUGAAGUUAAUGGAAAUGGCUCCUUGGAUAUUGAUCAUGGUGUUCCUGUAGAACAUCUCGAAGUUGUUAGUUCUUCUGCUGAAUGCCUGACCUCAAUGAGUGCUUCAUCUGGCUCAUCUGAAGCGGAGAAGAUUUUGCUUACUUGCCAGCAAGCUUCCUCUAAAGAAGUUGAGAAGGUAAACGAUGAUGCAGGAUCAAGGAUUCAAGUCCAGAAUUUUGCUACAAGCUGUACAGUGGAUUUGUCAGAGUCAUUGACUAGAACACAAAAAAGAACUGCAGAGAAAGGAGCCAGCCUAUGCUCUAAUAUUUUGAAGAACACAGAACCAGAGGAACUUGAGUCUACUCAACAACCGAAGUCUGCUGCAUGCGUAACUGCAAAAAAGCCUGUCAUCAGGUUUAAUUUCACUUCUUUGGUGAGAGCUGCUUGAAAUGCAUUUUCCUCCAUCUGUUGGACUGACUGUACUAAGCUGAAAUUAGGUUAGAGCUUAGGACUUAACAAAGAACCUUUUUUCCUCCUGUCGGGCAGUUAUCAUAACUCAUGAAUAUGUAAAGAACGGUGUAUAUAAUUUUUUGCCAAUAUGUAAAAAAUUAUAUUUUCUUAAUCUUUCGUGCAGAGGAUAUAUAUACUUGUGCAAAUGCUUAUUAGCGAUAA